CCUAUCAAUAACCAUUCUUCUCAGUGUGCACUUACGAUCGGGAAAGAACACGCUGACGAAGUUGUAUAGUUUUAGUUCAUAUUUGAUCAAGUUUAACCCAUUAGAGGGAAGUGGUCUUCGUAGAAGGCCUCAACACACCCACCUCAGUCAUGGACGUGUGCAAGGAGGCAAACAUAACCUCUAGAAGUGAAGUGGAAGUGGGCGGUGGAACUACGGAGGAGACGCUUGCCAAGCAGCCACAGGCAGAAGAGUCACACGAAAAUCAGGAAUGUGAUCUCCUCCCUAAGCCCACUUUAUCCGAGUCCUCCUUAUCGAGUGUUAGCUUUAGUUCGGCAAAAUCUAGAAUGAGCAUGGAGGACGCCCACGAAGGCCAGGAGAACGGCGAAGUCUUCAUGAACGGGAUAAGUCAGGCGCAAGACGGUAGCCCCACAAUAACAUCCACGACCUCUAAUUCAAUUUGCAAUUCUUUCGACCUGGAUAAGUUUCACGGCGAUCAUAAUGACGAAAGGAGUGACGACGAGGCUAAUUUUGAGGUGUCAGAGCUCAUCAAUGAAAUCCUACAUCAGUCGUCUUAUUUGGACGACGGGGGUCUCAAUGGCUUAGAGUUUGUAGACUCCUUACCAGAUGCUUUGGAAGGUGGGGGGGAUGACAUAGAUGUUACAACCUCAGAACAGGUGUUACCCAUUUACACUAAUAUGAAGGAUGAGAGAGUCUCGUCUCCUGAUUCUGAUUCUAACAUGACCACGGCCAGUGAGGGUUCCUCCUCGUCGACGAGUCAGCUGUCAGCUGCUUCCACUCAUGCUUCAGAUUUAUUAAGCUAUAUAGGGCCUGAGAAAAGAAAACUAUUUAAGCAACUCAUUAGUUCCUCGGAAAUGUCAGAAGUCGAGUUUAAGACACAAAUUGAUGAUGUUACAGAUCCGUCACGAGCAUUUGAUGUAGAUAAUUUAGAGGUGCUAAGUCUGACAGUUCCAAGCAGCACAAUUGAGAAAUUGAGAGCAUUAGAUCCUGUCAAUGGAUUGGGUAUAUUAGAAAUACCAACAGAUUCAGGUAUCCUAGGGGUGGGGUCGCUGGAGGAAUUGACAUCUCAGAAUGGUGACGAAAGCAAAUCAAACAUAAUGACGGAACCCACAUCCAAUAUAAUGACUGGCAGUACCUUGUCAGAAGAAACCAAAGAAGAGUUGGUCCAAGCAGAAGAUCCUGUCAUCAAAACGGCUUCCCAGGAUGAGAGAGAAAGUCCGACUUAUACCCAGCCAGUAGCAGACUUGACGUCUGCAUGCGAGUCAAAGUUAGGAAACUGUGAAAGUGUUUUGCCAUUAGAAAAUCCAGAAGAGAGGGCUGUGACAAUAUGUGAAUCAGGAGACAUGAUUGAAAGCUUAGAGGACAUUAAUUUACCAAACUCCUUGGUGAAAGAGGGCCCCAAAUUCAUUAGUGAUAUUGGUGAAACUCUGGCUGCACUGGAGACCCUAUCCUUGGAGGGAAAAGUUAUGGAUGGAAGUGCAGAAAUGCAAAUUAGUCAGGUGAUUUGCAGCUCAGAAGUAACAGAGGCAGUAGAAUGUGAAAGUGUUGACGCUGUAAAAGACGAUAAUUCUAUUAAGAGUGAAGUGGCAGGUGAGAAGUUAGUCUCGUCUGCAAAUGAAACGUUACCCGUACCGUCAGAAGUUGAAAAGUUACAAUUGCCAUCGGAUGUGGAAAGAUUACAGAUACCAGUCGAAGAGAAAACUGAAAAUAAUGCACCACAAAAUUAUGAUUGUGCUUGCAAAAGGUCUGAGGCUUCGGAGGAUGGUGGUAGUGUUAUUGUUGGUGUUUGGGCAGAACUAAGAUCAUCUCUGCGUCAGCUUCACCGCUCAAUGAUACCACAGUCAACCCAAGGGUCAGCACAUCGUUCCAGGCCUUCAAUUAAUAGAAUUAAAGCUUUAGCUAAUAUGUUGAUGUCUCAUGAUGCUCAUCAAUUAUACCUUCGAAUUAGCCAUCUUGCCCAUGAACUGUGCAUAGAACUAAAGGUUCGUCUUUUGGCUACAAUUCAUGAUAAUCCUACUGCUGAAGAUGCAGCAUCAUUUAUUCAAGGCGUGUGUGACUCUUAUCAGUGGGUGAUGAGUGUGUGUGAAGCUCUUCAUCCAGCACUGGAACGCCUCGAUUCAGAACAUCUCAGUAGAUUUAAGCUUAACUGGGUCACGCUCAACAUGCAUAUCUUUCAUGCCACAAUCCUCACUGAACCGGAUGUUCAGGAUUACACCAAUAUUUGUAAACAAAAGCUGAGUGGUGCUCCAGGAGGUGAAGAUGUUAUUGGAUGUCUUGCUUCCCUUCACCGCACAUUGUCUCUAGCUGAAGCUGUAUGGUUGCGUGCUGAUGCGCUUCUCCAAGACUAUGCCGUUGAGCGAGCAGCCCUAAGUGCUCGUCGAAGACAGCUUUUAGCAGACUGGGAACAGUUUAAAGCACAGCAACGAAAUCACCAGAAAGAGCAAGCUACGAAGAAUGGAGAAGAAGGAGUUAGUCAGUGUCCUUGUAGUGAUUGUGCUGGAAAUCGGGGAGUAACGGCUAAUUCACAGCCAGAUUCUACAACUUCCAAACUCUCUCUUUCAUCCAUGUCAGAUAUUCGACCGCCAUCAAGUUGUGAAUGUCACUUUUGUAAUUCAUCAAUUGGACCUCCGUCGACAGAAGAACCUGUUCUACCAACCUCAUCUGGAAACUCCCUGCCACCUCUUGCUCAACCACAGCUUUCUCUCUAUCCGCAUAUUCACAACACUCCUCCUGGGAGUGAUAUAGUUGGAGCAGGGCAGUCCAGGGAAGAAAUGGGACCAGUACCUCCACCCCCAACUACAAAACCUCCUAUUACAACAAAUCCAUAUCUUGGAAGUGACUUACUGACGGAGCAGUUAAUGCGAGAGUGGGAACUAGUAUAUGGUGAUGCCCUUACUCCCCCAGGGUCGCACCCGAUACUACCUCCGCCAGAUGCUGUUCUUCCGCAUUAUCAGGGUGACCCAGCAAGCCUAGUGAGUGGUGUGGAGACCUUGCAUAUAAGCUCUACGCGACCUUCAUAUACUCGAACCAUGGUUGAUCCUUCUUUGCCAUAUGUGCCUGACUCCCAUGCAACUGCACGUGCACACACUACUAUACUUCCUAGCUCACAAACCACCACAUUUCCUAUGAAUCAUUCUGUAUCCACAAGUGGUCAUAAAGUUCCUUCAAGUAGCAGCAGGAGCACGACUCCUGUUGGUGACUCGUGUUGCUCAUUGUCUUCGGAAGUGCCAUCGUCAGCUGUCAAAUGUUGUUCUGCAACUAACACUACGAGCGUAAUUACACACACUCGCGCUCAUCACACACAUACCACAGCAGCAGUCCAAAAGAGUACUAGUAAAUGUGUGAAUGGUAUAGACGACUCCAAAAAGCGUCAUGUGGAACGUAUUGAUCAGUCAACAAGUAGGGAAAGUAUUGGUGAAAGUGAAACAAGUGGAGGAGAUGAGUGGAGUAGUGGAGAUGAAAGUGAUUCUUCAGCCACAGUAUCAUCUACUCAUCAAGAUCCACAUUGUGACUGCUGCUACUGUCACAUGUUACAUCAUAAACAGGAUGGAGGCCGCCAGAAGUAUAGUGACAGACGAGAUAGACUAUUACAGAUCUUAUCUCGGAAGAAAAAGGCACGUAAUUCUCUAAUAUCAGGUACCUCUACUGCCACAGCCCACACUACUGCAGCUGUUUCUGGAGUUCCUAGUAAUGGUUCUAGUGUUCCUACUUCUAAAGGUGGAAGCACACCAUUAGGGGGCCAGAACAUAAAUAAAAUAUUAGAUUUUAUUGAGGGGAAUCAAGUUGAUGAAGCUAAACAUGCCAAGAAAGCAGCGAAGAAAGCCCGACAGAAACAGAAGAAGAUGGCUAUUAGACGGGAAGAGGAGGAAGAAGAGGAGUAUGAAGACGAUGAAUUUGAAGAAAAGAACUGUGAUGGUGAUGAUGUUGAAGAUGGACCUUUAGCAGAGUUGAGGAGGAGAGCACCAGAUGUGACAAUCACUGUGGUUCGACCUGGUCAACAAACACCUCGCACGCCAGCUUCACCACAGAUGAGUCUUGGAAAACCUAGAGACUCGUCCCCUCCAUCAGGAGAAGCAUAUAAAACUCAAGCAAAACUGGUACCCUCUCUUGUGCAGAAUUCCAAAGAACCAAGCCCUCCAACAUCAAGAACCAUAUUGCAGCCUUCUAGACCUUCCAAUCACCAAAGCCAGCAGAGUAAUCAAAGAGGGAGAAAUGUAGCAGUUGCUCCAGCUCCUGUGAUACCUGGCAAAUCCAGUAAUCUUGUGGCUUCCACUGGUCAAGAAGUUUCUGAGUCCCCUCCAACUUCUGCUGGCUAUACAGGACUGAGUAACAUUCUCAAGGGAAUGGAAACCUUGGGAAAAGAGAAGGAAAAAGGGUCACAAAUGGUUACUAUACGAAGAGUGAUGGAUCCUAAUAAUGCAGAGCCUACUGUUACUAUUACGCUUAAAGGAGAAAAACCAGAAAAAGAUAAGGUGCUGUUUAAACUGGUAAAUGGACAAGCUGUUUCAGGCAAUGGGUCACAGUCAGGUCAAAUAGGGAAAAAAGGUGGCGGGGGAGUUGGAGGUGGUGGUCGUACACAACGAAUAGAAUCAAGUACUUUACCAGAUGAACCUCCAAUACCUGAAGGAUUAAGUCCAGAAGAGGUUAAAAAAUACAAGAAAAAACAGAAAAAAGAGAGGCAGCGGCAAAAGAAAAUACAAGAACAGAUUGAAGAACAACAGAAAGGCCGAAUGCAACAGCUUGAACUUCAAAAACAACAGGAAUUGUUGCGACAACAGCAAGAACAGAUCCGUCAAAAGCAGUUGGCUCUACAACGUCAGGAGGAGGAGUUGAUAAAACAACAACAAAAUAAGAAUAAUAGUAAAAAGGGAAAGAAAAAGAAUGGCAAAGUAGCAAAUAGUACCGUUAAUAGUAAUAAUAAUAGUAAAAACAGUAAACUGGUAAGCAAGAGUGCUGAUAGGGUCUCUGCUGUGGUAUAUGAUGGGGAUGAUAUGGCUCAGUCUUUCAAUUUGCCACCAGGUGUUACGAUUAAUAAAGUGGCAGGGCAGCCUGGCAUGGUAACCAUUUCCAACAACAUGGGAGGUGCCUUUUCACAGCCAUUUUUACCGAAUCCAAAUGUAUAUCCAAGUCCAGUUUUGCAGGGUUAUCCUGUUCUGUCAGCAGCACAAGGUUCACUACCAAAACCAUGUUCCAGGGGCCAGAACCCUGGUCUAAGCUGGAAUAGUGCUGUGGAGACAAAUUACCCGGAUAAGGAUAAUGUCAUUGUUGUUGAUACUAACAAUGGUUUUCUUGGAACUACACCCAUAUCUUGUAGUUCUCCCAAACGAGAAAUUACUUCUGAUGAAAAGGUAGUGAUGGCUGUGAAGGGAAUCAUAGAUCCAUCUACUCUUAAUAUGACUCAAAAGAAAAAAUUCAAGAAAAUGAAGAAAGCCCUCCAAGAAGAAAAGGAGAGAGCAGAGCAAAAGCAAAGGGAAGAAGAUGAUUUGAUGGACCAAAUGUAUAAUAUUGUCAAUGGAAAGUCAGCCAAGAAUGGUGGGAAAAUGGUACAAGGGCAGUUGGGACAGGGAAAAUCCCAGGCAAAGAAAAAUCAAAAAGUGAAAGAGAACAUCAAGUCUCCAUUAACUCAGGCUAUCAAUAAUUGUAAACAGGUAGCACAACAAGUAUCAAUAAAAGUAAACAAGCUACAACAGUCACAGAAAGUUUCUGAAAAUCAAAAGCAAAAGCAGCCUCAAGAAUUGGUUUUAAGUGUGAAUAACAAAAAUAACACAAAGCAAGGUAAAGAAGUUAGUCAGCCUCACAUUAUUAGUCAGACGAGGAAAAACUCUACUUCAUCUCAACAGGGUAAACUUAAACAGCAGCAGCCAACUCAACAAUCGCAGUUGAAGCAACCUGUACAGCAGAAGCAGCCGCUAAAACAGCAAAAGACUCCAUCACAGCAGAAGCAAAAGCAGCAUCAGAAAGGUGUAUCUCAAGUACAGCAGCAGCAGCAACCACAGCAACAGCAACAGUCACAUCAAGCACUGCCUCAAAAGCAGAGCCAGCAGCAGCAAAAGUCAAAUCAACAGCAAGUGCAGAAACAAAAGCAGCAACACUUGAAACAAAAUCAAGAACAAAAACAGCAAGUUCAGCCCAAACAGGCUCAGCAAAGGCAGCCUUUAGUAGAAAACCAGAGUACUUUGCAACAGAAGAAACACACAAAUCAAGGAAAGAUGCCCCUGGCCACCCAUGAAAAGCAGACAUUAAACUCUAAUCAUAACACAAAUACCAAUAAUAUUGGAAACUACUCCAAUAGCAUUGCCUAUGCACCUCAGGAUAUUGCUCAUGAAGCUCGUUAUGCUCAGUAUCUUGCUGCUAAUGCUAGCACUUUAGCUAAAAUGAGUUACACUUGUAACUUAAUCGUACCAAAUGAAUGUACUGCAGACCACUGUGCAGGCGACAAGGAUAAAAAAUCUGGUAAAACAAAAAAAUACAAGAAAAAGAAGGGACAUUUAGAAGACAUGACAACUAUUGAUAGUGUAUUUACUCCAAAAGAUAUAGUUGAAGGGGAACUUGAUGAAACAGAAAGAGAUGUGGAGGCCUUCAAGCGAUUUUGUUUUAAUAAUGUUCCUCGUCAUGCAGGAGAGAAACCCAAAGUUAAUUUCAAUGUUAAAGAUAUAAUGAUCAAGAAGAGGCCUUGCAAUGUUAAUCUAUGAACUGUUAAUUCAUGAUAUCAUUUUUCACAGUUUUUAUUCUGUAGCUGAAUCAAAGAUAUAUUUUGUCAUUUUAGUCAUGAGGUAUGGAAAGUGUUUGUAUGCUAAUCUCAAUUUUAUUGCUGGUAGGGUGUCAAGUGAGAUAUUUUGGUUAAACCAUAGAAUGUACUGAAUGAUUUGUUUUGAACCUCAAUUUUGUUAGUAUGUAAACUGCAGUAGCACAUUUCAGAUAUUUUCUUAAAAGUGUGGUAGUCAAGAGCAGUUUCUCGAGGACCUAGGUGAAUAUGGGAUUCAGCACUGAUAUAGUGAAGGACUUUUGAACUUUACAGCUGUAAACAUUCACAAAAACGACCAAAUGGACCAAAUUGCUGUCAAUUUUUCAUCGAGUGUUGUAUGUGCUACACAGCAUCAAAGUGCAAGGAUCAUAUUUUGUUUAGGUGCAGUACUAUUUCUUGAUUGCUAGUGUUGAUGUACUAUUUUUCAGUGCCUGAAUAUUUAUGGUUGAUCAUAAGUCAUAGGUCUUGUUGUUUAGUAUAUGAUUUACAGUAGGAGUAAUAUUACUCCCCCCUUUUUUUUCUCUCUCACUCUCUCUCUCCAAAUUUUUUAUAAUUUUUUCGACAAUUUUUACUCUUGAAACAGUACAUUACUUGAGAUUUAUGUGAAUAUUUUCAAUAAUUUCUUCCCUUUGCAUUUCAUACGUGAGUGGGGUUGCACUUGAUACGCCUUUUGAUUUAUUACUGCAUGAACCAGUGCUUUUCAUAAUACAGGGUCAUUCAUUGAGGUUUUGCACAACUUGGAAGUAUUUGAUGAGCUACAAAGGACAUAGGAUUUUUUAAUUACAAACUCCAGUAUUAUUUCGAGUUCGUGGAGUGAUAAGGGUGUGUUGUGUCAAGAUGUAAUUAUUAAAGUAUUUUACUGGGAAUGUAUCCAUUACAUCAUUAAGGUGGUGCCAUCAAAUGCAAUUUAGUUUGAUUUCAUGAACGAAAAGGAUGUAUGAAAGGUAUGUUUUUUAUGUAAACAUUGAUAUGUGAUAUAACUAUUAUUACCUGAUAGUAGCUCCUUUACUGGUAGGACGAAGCGGAAUAAGUGUAUUAAGAUGAUGAAAAAAAAUUCAUACAGUGGAAAAUAGAAUAGGUUACUGCUGUGUGUGAUACUAGAAAGAAUCUUGCCAUUUUAUUUGGCUCUGUAUUGUCAUGAUGGAGCAUUAUUGUUGAUAUUGCAUAGUAUGAACAUAGAUGCCUGUUUUUGUAGAUAUCAUUUAUCCUUCUCAAGAGGUUGAGACCUCUUAAAUAAAUCUGAGUGAUCAGUA